AUGGGUUGCUUCAACACUCACGCUUCGGGCACUCUGGACCCACCAGAGGUCCGGAAUUGGAGGAUCCAUCUCAUUGCCCUUAUCGCCUCAAUGUCUGCUUUAGCUAUGGGCUACGACACAGCAGUCAUUGGGGGCACUAUGGCACUCAAGUCUUUCAUACGCGACUUUGGGAUGGACAACAUCGCCAAAACGAAUCGCGACACAAUACAAGGCAAUAUUGUCUCUACUUUCCAGGCUGGUUGCUUCUUUGGGGCUUUGCUGGCGUUUCCAUUUGCGGAGAAAAUUGGUCGUAAGAAGACAAUGAUCAUAGCUUCAUCAGUCUUCUUGCUCGGAGGAACUCUCAUGACUGCUUCCAGAGGUAGUCUCGACAUGAUCUACGGCGGACGGGCUGUAGCAGGACUGGGUAUCGGAGCCUCUUCCAUGGUCGUACCUGUCUAUAUCUCAGAAACAGCCCCGCCUUCGAUCCGAGGUCGCCUCAUCGGUAUCUUUGAGAUCGCUUCUCAAGGAGGAGGUAUGCUGGGCUUCUGGAUCAACUACGCCUGCGAUCGCACCGUCGAUGUUGAACGACAAGCGCAGUGGAUCAUACCCCUCGCCAUUCAGCUCAUCCCCGGUGUCCUUCUCCUCCUUGGUGUCGCCUGGUGUCCGGAGUCACCGCGAUAUUUAGCCAAGAAAGAUGACUUUGAGGGCGCAGAAAGGAUCUUGACCAAGGUUAGAGGUCUCAAUGCAUCUCACACGUACAUUCAACAUGAGAUGAGUGAGAUUCGCGCUCAGAUCGAGGAACGCAGUACCAUUCGUAUGAGCAAAAAGGCUCAAUUCAUGAAAUUGUUUCAGAAGGGUGUGCGAAAUCGAAUGGCGAUUGGUCUCUCUUUGAUGUUUCUGCAGUCCUUCACAGGCGUUAACAUCAUCACAUACUACGCGCCGCGUAUCUUCGAGACCUUGGGCAUCUCUGGUACAUCGCUCAAGCUGUUCUCAACUGGCUUUUACGGCAUCGCCAAAACCCUUGGCAUGUGUACCUUCACAUUCCUUGUCGUCGAAAAGGUCGGACGUCGCAAAGGCCUCAUCUGGGGCGCAGCGCUCGGAUGUAUCCCCAUGUGGUACAUUGGCGGCUACGUGAUGAAGGCUGAUCCGGCUGCUGCUGCAUUACGGGGCGAUGUUCACCGCAAUGGCUGGGGAUACCUAGCCAUGGUUUGUGUCUACAUCAAUGCUUUCAUCAUCUGCGCUACAUGGCAAGGCAUUACAUGGACUUAUGCAUCGGAAAUAUUCCCACUUGACAUUCGCAUGCUGUGCGUGUCUCUUACCACAGCCGACACCUGGCUCGGUUCUUUCAUCAUUGCGCGGAGCACACCGUACAUGAUCUCCGAUCUGGGUUACGGUGCGUACUUCUUCUUCGCUUCCAUCUUGGUUGCCAUGGGCAUUUGGAGCUUCUUCUUUGUCCCCGAAACGAAAGGCAUCUCGCUUGAAGAAAUGGAUGCGCUCUUUAUGAGGCCGAUGCAUAAGGCAGUCUGGGCGCAACUUCGAGGCAGGCCAAUCCUGACUGAGGAGGAAGUCAUCGCGAACAACAAGGGCUUAGAACUGGUGAAAGAGAAAGAUAUCGGCACUGAGCGCGUUGAAGACGUGAGAAAAAUGGGAUGA